UCUGGAAAUUGAAACGACCGCGCCGACAAUGCUAUGGUAAUCUCUUCUCUCCGUCGCUUCAUGCCGAUGCGCUGCAGCGCUGGAAACUUUCUCCGUUUCGUCUGCACAGAGGAAAAGCGCACAGCCUGAGCAAGUUGGAUUUCCAGUUUUCAUAUAUCGAAUAAGGAAAACCCCUUGGGUAUAUAUCCAGUGGGGGCGGGGCAACGGAGUUUUGGUGAAUUCCCCAUGGCUGAUUAUUUCAAGGAAGAUUUUCUGCAGUUGGUCAAGCGUGGUGGAACUUUUGUGUCCAUUAAGAUUUCGAGUCUCCUCCGCGCACUGGUUUCGCGACCAUAUGGAGCCAUUGCAGGGCUUGCAAUUGCAGUAAUUGUUACAUGGAGAUUAAAGGCAUCUACACGAAAGCAAAGAAAGCAACCUAAGAGGCAUCCUCCACCGACUAUUAAUUCUGGUGUUGGUAGUCCUAAAAGUGAGAAUGCUGCAAACUCUAUUGUUACAAAUCUACCAGAAGAUCGGAAAGCCCCAAAUGUGCUGUCUCCCAGCCAAAUAGUUCGGCAAAGGUUGAAUGAAGGACGGAGGGUAACAUGUCGGUUGCUUGGAGUGAUAUUAGAAGAAACCAGCCCCAAUGAGCUGCAGGAGAAAGCUACCGUCAGAUCAUCAGUUCUUGAAGUGCUGCUUGAAAUAUCAAAAUUCAGCGAUCUGUAUCUCAUGGAAAGAGUGCUGGAUGACGAGAGUGAAAAAAAUGUUCUUGCUGCUUUGGAGGAAAUGGGGGUUUUCACGUCGGGUGGUUUGAUUAGAGAUAAGGUUCUAUUUUGCAGCACGGAGAACGGAUGCGCAUCUUUCGUGAGACAACUGGAACCUAACUGGCAUAUUGACUCCGACCCUGCAAUCGUUGCGCAACUAGCUAGAUUCGUCGCACGUCAAGUUUAUGUUUCUCCCAUGAAGCUCGAACAACCUGCCUCCAACGUCUUCAUGGCAUCAUCCUUGGAACAGUUCUUUGGUUCUGUCUGAUGAUCGACAGACGGAUGUUGUUCGAUUCCGGGGAUUUCAUCUAUGGCUGUUCCUGUUUUUGGCGGCACUGGCGUGGUUCUUCAAGUGUAGAAAGUUACCUGUCAAGAUGAACUUAAUUGUACAUUGUGAUUUUCCGAUGUCAAACGGGCGGGUUCGGGACGAGUCUUGCUGGCUCCGGGACCCGCCCCGCUAAAAAAUAUUAAGACCCAAGGCUCGCUCUGCCCCGCUUCAACUCGGCCUCAGGACCCAUCCUACCUCGAACCCUCCGGAUUCCGGGCUAACCCGAUAAACUUAUUUUUAUUUUUUUUAAAAAAAAGAAUGAAAUAAUUUAAUAAUAAAAAAAUGCGUCAGAGUACCAAAAAUUAUAAUUUUAAAAAUAAGAACAAUAAAAUUUGAUUAAGAAUUAAAAUUUUAUUUUAUAUUUAAUUUUUUUUAAAUAAAUAAAUAAUAUAAUUUAUAUUGUAUAAAUAUAUAAAUAAAUAAUAAUAAUUAUUAAAAUAUCCAGAUUCGAGUCCGGGUCUGAAGUGGAGCAGGUUUAUAGUAAAACUGUAAUCCGCUCGGAACUCGCUCACGUCUAAAACUCAAAAUUUACAACUCGUCCGAAACCAGACUUUUUAGAUUCGAACCUGCUCCACCAAGAUCGGGCUGGUUCGGGGCUAAUCCGAUUUGACUUCCCUACUUGUACGAUGAUUUUUGUAGACGAUGAAUUGUGGAAGGAAAUUCAGGUUUAUUUUA